GAGAGAACAUGGCUCCCGGGGAGGCCGGGCCGCGCGCCGGCCGCCGGUGACCGCGAUGGUGCACUCGAGCCGCGUGCAGCCGCAGCAGCCCGGGGACGCGCCGCGGCCGCCGGCGCCCCGGGCGCCCGGCGCGGGCCGGCUGAUGGCGGGCGGCGCGGCCUUGGGCGGCCUCCGCGAGCAGCGGGGCCUGGAGAUCGAGAUGGAGCGCAUCCGGCAGGCGGCCGCGCGGGACCCCCCGGCCGGAGCCUCGGCCUCGCCGUCGCCGCCGCUCUCGUCCUGCUCCCGGCAGGCGUGGAGCCGCGACAACCCGGGCUUCGAGGCCGAGGAGGAGGAGGAGGAGGAGGAGGUGGAAGGAGAGGAAGGGGGCAUGGUGGUGGAGAUGGACGUGGAGUGGCGCCCGGGCAGCCGGAGGUCGGCCGCCUCGUCCGCCGCGAGCUCCGCGGGCGCCCGGGGCCGCGGGCUGGGGGGCUACCCGGGCGCGGGCCACCCGAGCGGGAGGCGGCGCCGGCGAGAGGACCAGGGCCCGCCGUGCCACAGCGCGGCCGGCGGCGGGGACCCGCUGCGUCGCCACCUCCCCCUGGACGCGCAGCCGCCGCGAGUGGCCUGGGCCGAGAGGCUGGUUCGCGGGCUGCGAGGUCUCUGGGGAACAAGACUCAUGGAAGAAAGCAACACUGACCGAGAGAAAUACCUUAAAAGCGUUUUACGGGAACUGGUCACAUACCUCCUUUUUCUCAUAGUCUUGUGCAUCUUGACCUAUGGCAUGAUGAGCUCCAACGUGUACUACUACACCCGGAUGAUGUCACAGCUCUUCCUAGACACCCCAGUGUCCAAAACCGAGAAAACUACCUUUAAAACUCUGUCUUCAAUGGAAGACUUCUGGAAGUUCACGGAAGGCGCCUUGCUGGACGGCCUGUACUGGAAGAUGCAGCCCAGCAACCAGACCGAGGCCGACAACCGAAGCUUCAUCUUCUACGAGAACCUGCUGCUCGGGGUCCCGCGCAUACGGCAGCUCAAAGUCAGAAACGGAUCCUGUUCCAUCCCCCAGGACUUGAGAGAUGAGAUUAAAGAGUGCUACGACGUCUACUCUGUCAGCAGUGAGGACAGGGCUCCGUUUGGGCCACGAAAUGGAACGGCUUGGAUCUACACAAGUGAGAAAGACCUGAAUGGGAGCAGCCACUGGGGAGUCAUCGCGACCUACAGCGGCGCUGGCUAUUACCUGGAUUUGUCGAGAACGAGAGAGGAAGCGGCUGCCCAGGUUGCUAGCCUCAGGAAAAACGUCUGGUUGGACCGAGGAACCCGGGCAACGUUCAUUGACUUUUCGGUGUACAACGCCAACGUUAACCUGUUCUGCGUGGUCAGGUUAUUGGUUGAAUUCCCAGCAACAGGCGGUGUGAUUCCAUCUUGGCAAUUUCAGCCAGUAAAGCUGAUCCGAUAUGUCACAACUUUUGAUUUCUUCCUGGCAGCCUGUGAGAUUAUCUUUUGUUUCUUUAUCCUUUAUUAUGCGGUGGAAGAGAUAUUGGAAAUUCGCAUUCACAAACUACACUAUUUCAGGAGUUUCUGGAAUUGUCUGGAUGUUGUGAUCAUUGUGCUAUCAGUAUUAGCCAUAGGAAUUAACAUAUACAGAACAUCAAAUGAGGAGGCCCUACUACAGUUUCUGGACGAUCAAAAUACUUUCCCCAACUUCGAGCAUCUGGCGUACUGGCAAAUACAGUUCAGCAAUAUAGCUGCUGUCACGGUCUUUUUUGUCUGGAUUAAGCUCUUCAAAUUCAUCAAUUUCAACAGGACCAUGAGCCAGCUCUCCACGACCAUGUCGCGGUGUGCCAAAGACCUCUUCGGCUUUGCUAUCAUGUUCUUCAUUAUUUUCUUGGCUUAUGCCCAGUUGGCGUACCUCGUCUUCGGCACUCAGGUUGACGACUUCAGUACUUUCCAGGAGUGUAUCUUCACUCAAUUCCGUAUCAUUUUGGGCGAUAUCAACUUUGCAGAGAUUGAGGAAGCUAAUCGAGUUUUGGGACCAAUUUAUUUCACUACCUUUGUGUUCUUUAUGUUCUUCAUUCUUUUGAACAUGUUUUUGGCCAUCAUCAAUGAUACUUACUCUGAAGUGAAAUCUGAUUUGGCUCAGCAGAAAGCCGAAAUGGAGCUCUCAGAUCUUAUCAGAAAGGGCUACCAUAAAGCUUUGGUCAAACUAAAACUGAAAAAAAAUACCGUGGAUGACAUCUCAGAGAGUCUGAGGCAAGGGGGAGGCAAGUUAAACUUCGACGAACUUCGACAAGAUCUCAAAGGGAAGGGCCAUACUGAUGCAGAGAUCGAGGCGAUAUUCACAAAGUAUGACCAGGAUGGAGACCAAGAACUAACCGAACACGAACACCAGCAGAUGAGAGACGACUUAGAGAGAGAGAGGGAGGACCUGGAUUUGGAUCACAGCUCCUUACCCCGUCCCAUGAGCAGCCGGAGUUUCCCGAGAAGCCUGGAUGACUCCGAGGAGGAUGACGAUGAAGACAGUGGACAUAGCUCCAGAAGGAGGGGAAGCAUCUCUAGUGGGGUUUCCUAUGAAGAGUUUCAAGUCCUGGUGAGACGCGUGGACCGCAUGGAACAUUCCAUCGGCAGCAUCGUGUCCAAGAUCGACGCGGUGAUCGUGAAGCUGGAGAUCAUGGAGCGGGCCAAGCUGAAGCGCAGGGAGGUGCUGGGACGGCUGCUGGAGGGAGUGGCCGAGGACGAAAGGCUGGGCCGGGACAGUGACAUCCACAGGGAGCAGAUGGAGCGGCUGGUGCGGGAAGAGCUGGAGCGCUGGGAAUGUGACGACGCGGCCUCCCAGCUAAGCCGCGGCUUGGGGACGCCCGUGGGACCCGGCGGGCCCCCGCACCCCAGAAGCUCGCGGCCGCCUUCCUCGCAGUCUGCAGAAGGCCUGGAAGGUGGCGGCGGGAACGGGAACGCUAACAUCCAUGUAUGAUGCGCGUGUGUGUGUGUGUGUGUUAGCGUGUGUCUUCCUAACAGGUGGGGGGUGGCUGUCCUGAAUCACCGUCACAAGAACGCUAUUUCUACGCCCCGACCACCGAAGGACACUGAUCUCUGUGACCGAUUGUUAACCUUCUGCACUUUAAUUUAUUUCCUGUAAACUUUACCCGUGGAUCAAA